AUGUUGAGUCCAACUCGAUCGUCAGCAGAAGCAAUUCUUAAAACAGUUGUUACAACAGUUUCAACAAUACUUCAAGAAAGUACCAGUGCGAUUGCUGAACGAAAAGAAGAAUCAAACGAUGCCGAUGAUAGUGAACCAUCAAAAAAGAAAUUUAAAGAUGAUACUGAAGUUGAAACUUCGGCAGCAAAAACGAUAUAUCCACCUCAACCACGGCUACUGAAAAAACGAAAAGUUUGCGUUUCAUUCGGCUAUUGUGGUGCUGGUUAUUUUGGUCUUCAACGUAAUGCAAAAGAUAAAAUACAUCGAACAAUUGAAGAUGAACUAGUUGAAGCAUUUGUUAAAGUUGAUGCUAUUCCACAAGCACAUGCCGAUGAUAUGUCUAAAAUGUGUUUUCAACGAGCAGCACGCACUGAUAAAGGUGUUUCAGCUGUAGCUAAUCUUGUUUCAUUGAAGUUAUCUCCAUUGGAAAAUCUUACUCAACUCGUUAAUGAUCAAUUACCUAAACAAAUUCGAAUGUUCGGUGUUAAACGUGUUGCUGCUAGUUUUAAUAGUAAAAAUAGUUGUGAUGCACGAACAUAUAUAUAUAUUCUACCUACAUAUGCUUUUUGUCCAAUUGAAGAGAUUACAAGUGAAUCAUAUCGAAUUACAGCUGAAGUUUUACAAUUAGUAAAAGAUGUAUCCAGUGAAUAUCUUGGUUCACAUAACUUUCAUAAUUUUACGUCUGGUAAAAAAUUUACCGAUCCAUCAGCUCGGCGACACAUUUUUUCCAUUAAUGUCGCUGAACCGUUUAUGAAAGAAAAUGUUGAAUUUACUAUAAUAACAAUUAAAGGUCAAAGUUUUAUAAAAAUAUUAAUUAAUCACAAUUUUAUUUUAUGUCUCAUCAUUGCCAUUGUUCGUGGUAUUGCCAGUCGAGAUACAAUCCAACAAGCAUAUAAUGCAGAUAAGAUCGACAUUCCGAAAGCACCACCACUUGGUCUUGUACUUGAAAAGCUUCAUUAUGAUCGAUAUGAUAAAAAAUUCGGCAAUGAUGGUCAACAUGAACCAUUAACAUGGGAGGACGCUCAAACUGAGAUAACAACAUUUAAAGAAGAAAUCAUCGUUCCACAUAUCAUCAAAAAAGAAAUCACCGAUAAAUCUAUGCUCAAAUGGUUGUCAUUUUUGCCAUGCCAUCAUUUCGAUCGACUCUCACCAUUUUAUCCUCCGGGAGCAUAUACUGGCGUCGGUCGAGGGUUGUAUCUCUUGCAGCAGCAACAGGAAAGCUCUGCGAAGUUGGACGAUGACGAUGAUGACAAUGGCGCUGAUGAAUAA